GCUCGACGUCCCCUGUUCAAUUCUUCCAUCUGUUGGAGCGUCUCAAGACCACGAAGCGAGCGGGAUGGAGGCGCUUUGGAAUCCAAAGGGGUGAAUCGGUCGCAGAUCACUCGUGCCGGAUGGCCAUGAUGGUAGUAGCUACGCCGCCGUCUCUGGCACGCCGGAUCGACAUCGCAAAGUGCAUGAAGAUGUGUCUGUUCCACGACACGGCCGAGACGCUGGUUGGCGAUCUGACACCCGCGGACGGUGUCCCAAAGACGGAGAGGCAUCGAAGAGAAGCCGAGACGAUGCGUUAUAUCGAGGGGAAGGUGCUCACCAACGUCAAUGGUGGCGGCGCAGGACAGGAGCUUGCGGCCCUGUGGCAGGAGUUCGAGGAUGGCAAGUCCUUGGAAAGCCGCUAUGUCCAAGACCUUGAUAAGAUCGAGAUGCUCCUCCAAAUGGUUGAGUACGAACGUCGCGCGGAAGGGUGCUUGGAUCUAAGCGAGUUCGCCUACGUGGAAACCAAGAUCUCGCUACCUGAGACCCAGGCCUGGGCAGAGGAGAUUAUCAGGGAACGGGAAGAGUUCUGGAAGACCCACCGUGUUAAGGUAGGCGCGAGCGACAUUGGGAUGAGAAAGAUGCAGGAUGAGUAUUACGGCGAGUAGGAUCCAACGCUUUUCCAUAAUUGUAGCAGUACACUACAAUAUGUAU